CUUUUCUUCUAUUCACCAAAUAUAGAAAAAGAAAAAGAAAAAGAGAGAGACUGAUGGGUAUUUUCCAUUGUUCAUCGAUAACUUCAAUGGCAGCUCUGGUCUUUAGUUCCUGCAUUUUAUUGCUAUUGCCAAACCCUGCAGCUGCCAUAACAAGGCACUACACAUUCAAUAUUGUCUAUCAAAAUAUUACAAGAUUAUGCAAUACAAGAAGCGUAUUGACAGUGAAUGGAAAGUUUCCUGGACCUCGCUUAGUAGCAAGAGAAGGAGAUAGAGUAAUUGUCAAGGUUGUUAACAAAGUCUCCAACAAUGUUUCAAUCCACUGGCAUGGGAUAAGGCAACUUACUACCGGUUGGGCAGAUGGACCGGCUUAUGUAACCCAAUGUCCAAUACAAACUGGCCAGUCAUAUACCUAUAACUUCACCAUUACUGGACAGAGAGGAACUCUGUUAUGGCAUGCUCAUAUUUCAUGGCUAAGAUCGUCUCUUUAUGGACCCAUUAUUAUUCUUCCUAGAAGAAACGACUCUUAUCCUUUUCUGAAACCGUACAAGGAAGUUCCCAUCCUAUUCGGAGAGUGGUUUAAUGUAGAUCCAGAGGCUAUUAUUGCUCAGGCCCUACAAACUGGAGGAGGUCCUAAUGUUUCUGAUGCAUAUACCAUUAAUGGUCUUCCUGGGCCUCUAUAUAACUGUUCUUCUAAAGAUACGUAUAGAUUGAAGGUAAAGCCAGGAAAAACCUAUCUUCUCCGUAUAAUCAACGCUGCACUCAACGACGAGCUUUUCUUCAGUAUUGCCAAUCACAGUCUCACCACAGUCGAAGCUGAUGCCAGUUAUGUCAAGCCUUUUGACACUGAUAUAAUACAAAUAACUCCAGGCCAAACCACAAAUGUUCUUCUGAAAACCAAGCCCAAUUUUCCUAACGCCACAUUUUUAAUGGCUGCGAGGCCUUAUUUCACCGGCGGAGGAACUUUCGACAACUCAACUGUUGCAGCCAUUCUUGAAUACAAGCACCCAUUAAAUAAAACUAUCUCCAAGAACUUACCCUUAUUCAAACCAACCUUGCCACCAAUCAACGCUACAGGAUUUGUAGCAAAUUUCACCAAGAAAUUCCGGAGUUUAGCAAAUUCAAAAUUUCCUGCAAACGUACCACAAACUGUGGAUAGAAAAUUCUAUUUCACAGUAGGACUUGGAACUCAUCCUUGCCCUGCCAACACAACCUGUCAAGGACCCACUAAUACUACUAAAUUUGCUGCUUCGGUUAAUAACGUGUCAUUUGUAUUACCCUCUACAGCUCUUCUUCAAUCUUAUUUCUUUGGAAUGUCUAAUGGAGUUUUAACUGCCGAUUUUCCUCAAAACCCACCUGUACCGUUUAAUUAUACAGGUACACCACCCAACAACACUAAUGUCAGCAAUGGAACUCGAACGUUGGUGCUAAGAUUUAAUACCAGUGUGGAAUUAGUAAUGCAAGAUACUAGUAUUCUUGGUGCGGAAAGUCAUCCAUUUCAUCUUCAUGGAUUCAAUUUCUUUGUUGUUGGACAAGGUUUUGGAAAUUACGAUCCAAAUAAAGAUCCUGCAAGUUUUAAUUUGGUUGACCCUGUCGAAAGAAACACUGUUGGAGUUCCUGCUGGGGGAUGGAUUGCCAUUCGCUUUCUAGCUGAUAAUCCAGGUGUAUGGUUUAUGCAUUGUCACCUGGAGGUGCACACAAGCUGGGGGCUAAGGAUGGCAUGGAUAGUGUUAGAUGGCCCCCAGCCGAAUCAGAAGCUACAACCACCGCCGUCCGAUCUUCCGAAAUGUUGAUUUACUUAUUUAUUUUUGACUGACCAAUGAUCCGGACUGGCUUCUAUCUCAGUUUUUGAUUUUUGUUUUCAAAGAUUUUUCUUGUACAUGCACUUGUAUUAUUUGUUUUUUCUUUUUGUUUACUGAUGAGAUUUUUUGAUUAAUUAAGGAAAAUCUCAAAUAAUUGGUUGGAAGUUGUACUUUGGUUGGUCCAAAGUCAAGAAUGAGAGAUGGGAGAGAGCAGAUGAGUUGUAAACAUCGGAUGGGUUAAUUAAUUAUGUUAAUCAAUAAGAGAUUUUAUAAUUAGCUGAUCA